UUUACACUCUCAAUUUGUUCACUUCUACUUCCUUCUCAUAUCUUCAAGAACCAUGGCUAGGCAGCUGGUGCUGUUUUUUGCAUUGUCUCUUUGUGUACUCCCUUCGCUCGUUAGCGCACGCCUAGUUGGGAGGCCAUUCCAUAUCAAAGGCCGAGUCUACUGCGACACUUGCCGUUGUGGCUUUGAGACCAAGAAAACUACUUAUAUACCCGGUGCAAGGGUGAGAAUCGAGUGCGAAGACAGGACAACUUUACGGCUUAAAUACAGUGUCGAGGGAGAAACAGACGAGACAGGAACAUACAAUAUCUUGGUUGAGGAUGACCAUCAAGACCAGAUAUGCUAUGCUGCUCUUGUUAGCAGUCCAUGGCCCAGUUGCAAUACUGCAGACCCAGGUCGCAGUCGUGCUCAUGUUGUAGUAACUCGGAAUAAUGGUGCUAUUUCCGACCUUCAUUUUGCAAAUUCCAUGGGAUUUCUGAGGAAUCAAGCAAUGUCUGGCUGCACUGAAUUGGUGAAGCAACUUCUGCAAUCUGAUGAAUAGAUUUUAAGUUCUCUUUCUCUUUUUUGGUUAUUAAUUAAUCCCGGUCUCUAGCUGGUUUUAAACCUUAUUUUCUGGUAAUGUUGUUUCUGUGUUUGAUGUUUCAGAUGUCAUGAUUGUCUUAUUGAUGGUGCAAUGGUGAUAUCUUCGUCUCUUAACUCAGGAGACUGUUGCAAAA